AUGGAUUGCUUAAGCUACUUCACCAACGCAGAUAUGAUUCAGCUUCAGGAUUGCUUUAUCCCUGAUCUGGAUAUGGAUAUGAUUAUCCCUGAAACUGACACGUUCUUCUUCCAACCACAACUUCAAAACCAGCCAUUACCAUACAACGAAGCUCUUUCACCAUCUCUCUUCGGGUUUGAUCACUUGGAUACUUUCUACGAUCCGUUUCUUCUUCCUCAAGAAACCUUUGACCCUCUCCCUAACCCUAAAACCGAAGUCUUCAACGAGUCACAAGACUUAGACUCUUUCUUCAACACUCCAAAACACCAAAAGCUCAUAAACUCCAGCUUCCAUUUCAACACUACUACUCACGACCCCUUUUUUACAAACCCUAACCCUAAUCUGUUGGAUUCUUACACCACCGAAGCUUCCAACUUUCGAGUUCCUGAUUUCACUCCGGCUUUCAAUGUCGGGUGGAGUGAAGAAGACAACACCAAGAAACCGGGGCUUUCUUCUCAGAGCAUUGCAGCGAGAAAGAGGAGAAGAAGAAUCACAGAGAAGACUCAAGAACUCGGAAAACUAAUCCCUGGAAGUCAGAAACAUAACACUGCCGAAAUGUUUCAAGCUGCAGCUAAAUAUGUCAAAUUCUUACAGGCUCAGAUUGAGAUUCUUCAACUGAAGCAGACCAAAAUGCAGACGCAUGAGAGUCCAAAGGUGGAAAGAGAAAUGGAGAUUUUGCUUGCGUCUCAAGAAAUCCAGGAAAUGUUAUCAACAGUAGAAGUUUGUGUGGUUCCAGUGGAAAUGGUUCAAGUUCUGAAAGCCGAAGAAUGCAUUUUGAGAAGCCCUAAGAUUUCUCGAGACAUUAACAAGUUGCUGUUCUAA